GUGGAUAAAUGCAUUAUUCUGAAAGGACACACGCAGGACGAAGCCGCAGCCGGCCUGGAACAGCAUUUACUUUGGAUUUCAUUUCAUGUUUUUUUUUUUUUUUACUUUGUUUGCAGGAUAGAACGCUUGGGACUCUUUAACACAAGCCUCUUUUUGCUGAAAGAAAUGCUGAGAGUUAAAAAAUGAAUGCCUCUUCCUGCUGUGAUUCUCCAGUCAUCAUUUAUCAGCAAAGUUCAGGAUCGGACCUCGAUGCCAGCUGUGACCUGCUGCCCUCUCACUGCAAUUGGACGGCUGUGGACAGGACCCCACAGUUGCCUACUUUUUCCACAGCAGCGAAAGUCAGAGUGAUUGUUACUUUCAUCCUGUGUGGUAUAUCCACUUUCUGCAAUCUGGCUGUGCUAUGGGCAGCCAGCGGCCACAGACGCAAAUCUCAUGUCCGUGUGCUGAUUGUGAACUUGACCACAGCAGAUCUCCUGGUCACCUUGAUCGUGAUGCCAGUGGACGCUGUGUGGAACAUCACUCUUCAGUGGCUGGCCGGAGACCUGGCCUGCAGAUUCCUGAUGUUCCUCAAGCUACAGGCUAUGUACUCCUGUGCUUUUGUUACAGUGGUGAUAAGUCUGGACAGACAAUCGGCAAUCCUAAACCCUCUGCUGAUAAGCAUGGCUCCGAAAAGGAAUAGGAUCAUGCUGAUGAUGGCGUGGACAAUGAGCGCCUUGCUCUCAGUCCCUCAGAUGUUCAUUUUCCAUAAAGUCACCAUUACUUAUCCAGCAAACUUCACUCAGUGCACCACUAGAGGAAGCUUCGUCACUCACUGGCAAGAAACUGCCUACAACAUGUUCACCUUCUCCUGGCUCUUCCUGCUGCCACUGGCCAUUAUGAUCAUCUGUUACACCAGGAUCUUCAUCCACAUCUCCAAGCAGAUGACAAAAAAGAAUGUGUCUUCUGAUGAGCCACAUCUUCGCUGCUCUAAAAACAACAUUCCAAAAGCUCGAAUGAGAACUCUAAAGAUGAGCAUUGUCAUUGUGGUCUCCUUCAUAGUUUGCUGGACUCCGUACUACCUGUUAGGGCUUUGGUACUGGUUCUUCCCUGACGACCUGGAGGGAAAAGUCUCACACUCCCUCACCCACAUCCUGUUUAUCUUUGGGCUUUUCAACACCUGCCUCGACCCCAUCAUCUAUGGCCUGUUCACCGUACGUUUCAACAGAAGACUGAGGAACGACUACUGCAGGGCCACCGUUGUGUCUGGGUUGGACGCCAACACAGUGACACUGAAGUCAGUAAAACAUACAUUAGCUGCUCUACCUUCUAAAGGAGGGUCUGUAGAGAGUGAAAAAGACAGCAACUGUGGGCAAAUUGAGCAUAAAUCUACUCACAGCAGCCUCUGAAUUCAUUCAGCCAUUGAUUAGGAAGACAGGUGUCAUUUUGGCACAGAAAGCAAUAUGUGAAGAGAAACAAAGACAAGCAAUCUAGACAAGAGAUUUAAAAUGCUUUGAUGUUUUAUAAAUAUUUCUCCCUCAUUAUACUGAAUGUAUUUCUUUCCCUCUCACACCCAAUAUGCACGUGUAAAGGUAUCUAUAGUACUUACUAGGAUCCAAAUAUUUGUUCGUGCAAGUGCUGCUUUGGGUUUAGAACCAUUUGAAGGUGAGUAAUAUGUUUAACAACUUCUCACUGCAUAUUCUAUAUGCAUACUGCAUCUGCAAAUAGCUUUAGCAUUUGCUCAUUGCUUGCUACUGAAGACCUUUGUGUUCUGACAGAGGUUCAUACAGUUUCUAAAGGUCAUUGAAAUGUGCGAAGGACUUCCUGUGUUAGGUUAGUCAUCAUAUUUCACAUGUUCUUUGACUAAGUCAGACUUUUACAAGAUAAUCUUAACUGGGUGCUUUGCAAAAGUAUUCAUACCCCUUAUAUUUUCCACAUCUUGGUACUUGUGUAUUUUUAUAAAGGUUUUAUGUGAUAGACCAACACAUUGCACAGCAUAAUUGUAAAAUAGAUAUUUUUACAAAUAAAAAGCAUGGAAACUG